UGACGGCCAGAGGCUCCGGGAGCGGAAGCCGGGGUCAGUCCCGCUGGCUGUACCAGGCUGGGGAUCUAAGGGGACCCUUGCGUAGGGGGAGCGGAGGUCGCGAGUCCGUGUGCGACUGCCGGCCCUGAAUGAGCGCCACUGGCGCGGCCCUAGUGACAGGUUCUUUGAUGGAGCAGCUAGUCUAUGAGCAGCCCUGGUUUCAUUUCAUGAUCUUCAGGCUCCAGCCCUGAAGCCAACUAGACAUCCCCACUGGUGAGGAGAGCAGCUGGCCACCCUCACUAUGUUGGAUUUUCUAGCUGAGAACAACCUCUGUGGCCAAGCAAUCCUGAGGAUUGUUUCCUGUGGCAACGCCAUCAUUGCUGAACUUUUGAGGCUCUCUGAGUUUAUUCCUGCUGUGUUCAGGUUGAAGGACCGAGCCGACCAACAGAAAUAUGGUGAUAUCAUAUUUGAUUUCAGCUAUUUUAAGGGUCCAGAGUUAUGGGAAAGCAAACUGGAAGCUAAGCCAGAGCUACAGGAUUUAGAUGAAGAAUUUCGUGAAAACAACAUCGAAAUUGUGACCAGAUUUUAUUUAGCAUUUCAGAGUGUGCAUAAAUACAUUGUAGACUUAAACAGAUAUCUAGAUGACCUCAAUGAAGGUGUUUACAUUCAGCAGACCUUAGAAACUGUGCUUCUCAAUGAAGAUGGAAAACAGCUUUUAUGUGAAGCACUGUACUUAUAUGGAGUGAUGCUGCUGGUCAUUGACCAAAAGAUUGAAGGAGAAGUCAGAGAGAGAAUGCUGGUUUCUUACUACCGAUACAGUGCUGCCCGAUCUUCUGCUGAUUCAAACAUGGACGAUAUUUGUAAGCUGCUUCGAAGUACAGGCUAUUCCAGCCAACCAGGAGCCAAAAGACCACCCAACUAUCCUGAGAGCUAUUUCCAGAGAGUGCCUAUCAGUGACUUGUUCAUUAGUAUGGUCAUUGGUCGACUCAGAUCUGAUGAUAUUUACAACCAGGUCUCUGCAUACCCGUUGCCUGAGCAUCGCAGCACUGCCCUGGCAAAUCAAGCUGCUAUGCUAUACGUGAUUCUCUACUUUGACCCAUCCAUUCUGCACACCCAUCAGGCAAAGAUGAGAGAGAUAGUGGAUAAAUACUUUCCAGAUAAUUGGGUAAUUAGUAUUUACAUGGGAAUCACAGUGAAUCUAGCAGAUGCUUGGGAACCGUACAAAGCUGCAAAAACAGCUUUAAACAAUACCCUGGACCUUGCCAAUGUCAGAGAACAGGCAAGCAGAUACGCUACUGUCAGCGAAAGAGUGCACACGCAAGUGCAGCAGUUUCUGAAGGAAGGCUGCUUACGGGAGGAGAUGGUUCUGGACAACAUCCCAAGGCUUCUGAAUUGCCUGAGAGAUUGCAACGUUGCCAUCCGAUGGCUAAUGCUUCAUACAGCAGACUCAGCCUGUGAUCCAAACAACAAACGCCUCCGUCAAAUCAAGGACCAGAUUCUAACAGACUGUAGGUACAAUCCCAGGAUCCUCUUCCAGUUGCUGCUGGAUACUGCACAAUUUGAGUUUAUACUCAAAGAGAUGUUCAAGCAGAUGCUUUCAGAAAAGCAGACCAAAUGGGAGCAUUUUAAGAAGGAAGGCUCGGAGCGGAUGACCGAGCUUGCUGAUGUCUUUUCAGGAGUGAAACCCCUAACCAGAGUGGAGAAAAAUGAAAAUCUUCAAGCUUGGUUCAGAGAGAUCGCGAAACAAAUCUUAUCUCUAAAUUAUGAUGAUUCUACUGCUGCGGGCAGAAAAACUGUGCAACUAAUCCAGGCGUUGGAGGAGGUUCAGGAGUUUCACCAGUUGGAAUCCAAUCUGCAAGUACGUCAGUUUCUUGCUGAUACUCGAAAGUUCCUUCACCAAAUGAUCAGAACCAUUAACAUCAAGGAGGAGGUCCUGAUUACCAUGCAGAUCGUUGGGGACCUCUCCUUUGCUUGGCAGUUAAUUGACAGUUUUACAUCCAUCAUGCAAGAGAGCAUAAGGGUAAACCCAUCCAUGGUUACUAAACUCAGGGCUACAUUCCUAAAGCUUGCCUCUGCUCUUGACCUGCCUCUUCUUCGCAUUAACCAAGCAAAUAGCCCUGACCUUCUCAGUGUGUCUCAGUAUUACUCUGGCGAAUUGGUGUCCUAUGUGAGAAAGGUUUUGCAGAUCAUUCCAGAAAGCAUGUUUACUUCUCUUCUGAAGAUCAUAAAGCUUCAGACCCACGAUAUCAUUGAAGUGCCUACCCGCCUGGACAAAGACAAACUGAGGGACUAUGCCCAGCUUGGCCCACGAUACGAGGUUGCCAAGCUUACUCAUGCUAUUUCCAUUUUUACUGAAGGCAUCUUAAUGAUGAAAACGACUUUGGUUGGCAUUAUCAAGGUAGAUCCAAAGCAGUUGCUGGAAGAUGGAAUAAGGAAGGAGCUCGUUAAACGUGUUGCUUUUGCCCUUCAUAGGGGACUGAUCUUCAACCCUCGAGCCAAGCCAAGUGAAUUGAUGCCCAAGCUGAAAGAGUUGGGGGCUACCAUGGAUGGAUUCCAUCGUUCUUUUGAAUACAUCCAGGACUAUGUCAACAUUUAUGGUCUGAAGAUCUGGCAGGAAGAAGUAUCUCGUAUUAUAAAUUACAAUGUGGAACAAGAGUGUAAUAACUUCUUAAGAACAAAGAUUCAAGACUGGCAAAGUAUGUACCAAUCCACUCAUAUUCCAAUACCAAAGUUUAGCCCUGUGGACGAGUCCGUAACAUUUAUUGGUCGACUCUGUAGAGAAAUCUUGCGGAUCACAGACCCAAAAAUGACAUGUCACAUUGACCAGCUGAAUACUUGGUAUGAUAUGAAAACUCAUCAAGAAGUGACCAGCAGCCGCCUCUUCUCAGAAAUCCAGACCACCUUGGGGACUUUUGGUCUGAAUGGGUUAGACAGGCUUCUGUGCUUUAUGAUUGUAAAAGAGUUACAGAAUUUCCUCAGUAUGUUUCAGAAAAUUAUCCUGAGAGACAGAACUGUUCAGGAUACUUUAAAAACCCUCAUGAAUGCUGUCAGCCCCCUGAAAAGUAUUGUAGCAAAUUCGAAUAAAAUUUACUUUUCCGCCAUUGCCAAAACACAGAAGAUUUGGACAGCUUAUCUCGAGGCUAUAAUGAAGGUGGGACAGAUGCAGAUCCUGAGACAGCAGAUUGCAAAUGAGUUAAAUUUCUCCUGUCGGUUUGACUCCAGACAUCUGGCAGCUGCUCUGGAGAAUCUCAAUAAGGCUCUCCUAGCAGAUAUUGAGGCCCACUAUCAGGACCCUUCACUUCCUUACCCCAAAGAAGAUAACACACUCUUAUAUGAGAUCACAGCCUAUCUGGAGGCCGCUGGUAUUCACAAUCCACUGAAUAAGAUAUAUAUAACAACAAAGCGCUUACCUUAUUUCCCAAUUGUCAACUUUCUAUUUUUGAUCGCCCAGUUGCCAAAACUUCAAUACAACAAAAACCUAGGAAUGGUCUGCCGAAAGCCUGCCGAUCCUGUCGAUUGGCCACCACUUGUCCUGGGACUCCUCACUCUGCUGAAGCAGUUUCAUUCCCGGUACACUGAACAGUUCCUGGCGCUGAUUGGCCAGUUUAUCCGCUCCACAGUGGAGCAGUGUACAAGCCAGAAGGUACCUGAAAUGCCUGCAGAUGUUGUAGGUGCCCUUUUGUUCCUGGAGGAUUAUGUUCGAUACACAAAGCUACCCAGGAGGGUAGCUGAAGCACACGUGCCUAAUUUCAUUUUUGAUGAGUUCAGAACAGUGCUGUAACGUUUUUCUUCUUCUACAUCUUCAGUGAAAAGAUUGUUCUUAAACCUUCCCACCAUCACUAAAAUGAAUUUGGAAAUGAAAAGAAACACAACUGCUCAUAUAACUGCUUUUUUCCUUUUAUUGGGGGAAACAUCAGACAUUCUGAGUAAGAUGUAUCUCACAGCACUAGUUAAUAUAAUUAAUAUUGUUUAAAUCAUGGUAUUAUAUGCAAUUUAUAUUAUGUAGAUGCAGAACACAUUUUUGUACUGCCUGUUAUAAAUGCUGAAUUGUUAUGUAUAAAUCCAUUUAGUUUUAUGUUCAAGAGAACUUUUUGUGCAACUCCCAAUUUUUAGCAAAAUAAUACUGCCAAUACCCAAAGUUGUCCUGCUGCUUUCUGCUUAUGUUUCAAAAACUAUAUAUUCACCCUGUAAAAAGUCAUGUUUGGAAGGUGAGAGAUGAACCUGGUAGCACAGUGAGCCCAACCACAACAGCUAGCAGGCUGGCAGACACAUGUAGGCAGAUGUAACGACCACGUGCCACAGAAACAUUUAGUGGUGUCUGAGGCUCACGGUCUAUUUCCAAUCCCAGAUACCCUGGGGAAUUCCCAGCAUCCCUCUAUAGGAUUCCCUAACUUCAGCUGCUCCUUCCAGCCUCUUCUUUCCUUCCCCAGCAGCCAGGAGAGUAUACCUUCUGCAUGAAAAUUAUUCUGAACAGGGAGCAGCCAUUGUACUGUUGGUAAUUUGGACAUCAACAAGUUGGAUAAAAACAAGAAAGAUGUUUUGGGUAUUCUUUACGAUUUUCUUUACCAUUAUCAUGAAGCUAUAUAAAGAAAUCCACAAUAAGAAACAAAAAGCACAAGUGAGUUCGCUCUGCGUUUUAUUUGCAUGUCCCAUAAUGACGCGUCCCAAAUAGUGAAUGCAGAAGAAAAACUAAUUCCUUAGUAUUCGUGCUAAUUUAUGGUAACAGUCAUUUCUUUUAAAUAUCUAACUUAUUUUACCCUUCAUUUUAAGUUGCAAAUUAAAGGAUAUAUUUACAUGUUUAUAUACAAAUAACUUCAAAAACAAAUUCUAAUCUUGAUCCAAGAGUUUCACUUUAGAAGGAAUAUAGUAUACGCUAUAUACAUCCACUUCCAAAAGUCUCUUAAGACUUGGUGAGUUCCAAAUAUUCAUUCACAAAUGGCUCUCCUUUAAGCCUCACGAACCAAGUACUUCAUUUCUGAGUAAAUAAGAGGAACUAUUACACAACAGGCUUUGUACAAAACAGCACCACUACUAAAAAAGGCUCGGGGUUUUGAAAUCCAAGGUUCUGCUUUAAAGCAAAAAUAUAUGGCAUAGACUGCAACAGCAAAGAAGUGUCCAAUUAAGAUUAGUGGGUUAGGAGACAAUCUGCAAUUAAAAAAAAAGAAAAAUACAUUGGUAAAACCCAGAAAUUAAAAUUUGCUCAUAAAAAGACAGCAGUUCUGAAUCAGCUAAUAUAAAAGGUGGGAGUGCCUGCAUGAUGCAAAUGAUUAACAUGCUCAAUGCUAAACAAAAGGAUGGAGGUUCACGUUUACCUAGAGGCACCCCUGGAACAAAGGCCUGGUGAUGUACUUCUGAAAAAUCAGCCACUGGAAAUGCUAUGGAGCACAGUUCUACUCUGACCCAUACAGGGUUGCCAUGAUCAGAAUCAACCUGACAGCAAAUGGUUUGGUGUUUUGGUUUUUAAUAUCAAAGUCACCAAUUAAGCAUCAUCUAUAAAGCUAACACAAAAGUCUACAUUUUGGAGAACUUAUACAAGCUUGUGUCUCCCUGCUAAAUUUGAUGGCAGGCACAAAUAAUUUUUUUUACAAGAAACACUUAGAAUGUAUCUCCCCUUUCAGUAACUCCUCCUACUCUAGUUUACACCAGUCUCAGGCUUUGAGCUAGUUUCUUUCAAUCAUUUUGAAAUCCCAGUCUGAAGCACCGGAUGGCCUGGCCUAUGGGAGUCUAGGUUUUUCAAAAGAUGACAAUACUUAUAUUCAGAUUAUAAGUGAAUGAGAAAAAACAAAGAAUUUCACUUUGCAGACUUCUCAAGAAAUAGUUCCACAUAUGUCUGCACCAUCAAAACUAUGACUGAGUUUCCUGAGUCCCUGUGCUUCUAUCAAAUUAAUAUUUAAAUACAAAGUUCUCAAUUAUCCAUGGCUCCCACAACAUCAGACCGCACAGACAGAUCCACGGGCAGUUAGUCUCUUCUACCCCCACUUCUAAUCAAUGCUGUUCCCAGAAGUAAAACACAGAAUUAAAUGUUGCCUGUAUUCAUUUCUCUGGGCUACCUUGUGAAUGACAUGCUAAUGAAUAAUACAAUGACCAAAUGUCUAAGGAAGAAAAGAUUUACAAUAAAUCAUACACUGAAAUGUCCCAAGAAAAUCUGGCAUAGUUGUUUCUCUGUGCCACCUAGAGAACUUACACAGAAAGCAGCCCAACAGGACCAGCAACACAUUCUCCACCAAGUUUGAAAUAAAAAAAACAGGCUUUUCUUAGCUGAUGCAGGGAAUCUAAAAUAAAAUUUAAAAAUUAUUUGCAACCAAAAUUUUGGCACGUUUAUGUAAAAGCACUAAUGAUAUGUCAGAAAAAUUAAUGAUACAACAAAUAGCAAAUCUUAUAUGUAAUUUAAAAAAAACCCGAGUCCUGGAAUUUCAACAAUCCAUGAUUUCUUUUAAAUUCUACAGUCAACAUUAUGGAUAGCAAUAUAAGUAUGAAUUAACUUCUUUUCUGUUAAUAUAUAAAUUAAUAUACCAAACAUUUCGGUCUCAGAACUGUUUAAAAGCUAUUUCCUUAUGUUCUAAAUUCAUUAUAUGAUGCAAAAUACUUUGUCAACUUUUUUGUUGUAUAACACAAUCCUAGAAACCACAUUCCCAGUCUUAAGAUGCCCAACUCAUACCUCUAAUUGAGCAGUAAAUUAUCAAAUAAAAAGAUUGGCUGUGAAUAGUAAUAAAUAAUACUACCUUAUGUCUGUGUGGAGCCCUGGUGGGGCAGUGGUUAAGAGCUUGGCUGCUAAAAAGGUCGGCAGUUCAAAACCACCAGCCACUCCUUUGGAAACCCUAUGGGACAGCUCUACUCUGCCUAUAGGGUCACUAUGAGUUGGAAUCAACUCGAUGGCAAUGGGGUGGUUUUUGUUUUGGUAUGUCUGUAUAGUAUGUUCAAUACCUACCAAAGUAAUUCAUUAAAUUCUCACAACAUAGUAUAAUCCAUCAAUAUAACCUUUUUAAUAGUUUAGAAUCAAUGUUUUUUUUAGGUACACCUAGAUUUUUCUUUAGGACAGAUACAGGAUUCAGUAAGCAAACUUUAAUAAAGUUCUUCCCUCCUCCAAUCUUCCAUAACUUUUUUCAAUGUUUUGUUGGCAGAUUCAAAUUCAUAAUGCAAGAACUCCUGACGGGCUUAGAAAAACUCAAAGCUCAGUUCUUUUUCACUUCUCCAAGCAGCCAUUUUAACUUCCAUGCCAAUUAGGAAGAGAUUUGCUUGACAAAGCACUAUCAAUGAGGUGUUUUUUUCUUUCAGCAAGAGUGGUGGCUACAGAAAGCUGUUGUACUGCAUCAUGCUGCGGAAGCAGAUGACUAAAGCACUAGUCACUAGGGCCUUGGUCAGGUUAUACAAAUAGCUUAGUUGCAAAUACACUAAUCAGAUUUGAGUUAUAUUUAGUUUUAGGAGUCUUGGUGGUGCAGUGAUUAAGCACUCAGCUGCUAACUGAAAGGUUGGUGGUUUGAAUCCACCAGCCGCUCCGUGGAAGACAGACGUGGCAGUCUGCUUGUGUAAAGGUCACAGUCUUGGAGCAAGGGAAGAACGAAGAAAACUAAGGAUACAAGGGAAAGAUCAGUGCAAAGGACUAAUGGACCACAUCUACCACGGCCUCCACAGGACUGAGUCCAGUACAAGAUGAUGCCUGGCUACCACCACUGACUGCUCUGACAGGGAUCACAAUAGAGGGUCCCAGACAGAGCUGGAGAAAAAUGUAGAGCAAAAUUCUAACUCAAAAAGGAAGACCAGACUUGCUGGCCUGACAGACAAUAUGGCCCUCGGAUACUCUUUCAGCUCAGUAAUGAGGUCACUCCUGAGGUUCACCCUUCAGCCAAAGAUUGAACAGACCCAUGGAACUAAACAAGACUAAAGUGGUGCACCAGCCCUGGGGCAGGGACUGGAAGGCAGGAGGAACAGGAAAGCCGGUAAUAGCGAACCCAGGGUUGAGAAGGGAGAGUGUUGGCAUGUCGUGGGGUUUAUAAUCAGUGUCAUAGAACAAUGUGUGUACUAACUGAUGAGAAAUGAGUUUGUUCUGUAACCUUCGUCUAAAGUACAAGAAAAAAAAAAAAGGUUACAGUCUUAGAAACUCUAUGGGGCAGUUCUACUCUGUCCUCUAGGAUGACUAGGAGUUAAAAUCGACUGGAUGGCAACGGGUCUGAUUUUUGGAAUUUCAUGAACCUACAGUGAGCUGCUUCAUACACUGCUGUGGUUGGGAAGGGACAGAACUGCCUUUUCCUCCAUUUCUAACGGUGCUUCUGCGAAGUCACAUUUGCCUGAGCAUAUACUUUGACCAUCGCCCCACUGUAAUAGAGAAACAAAGAACUCAAAUA